AUGGUACCUAAUAUUAACGAGAAAACCGUUCUGCCCGGUCGGCACCCCUCACCCGGCCGGGACGCCAUCCGGGACGGCGGCACUGAUCCCGGCCAUCGCACAUCUCGUGGCUCCAGCUGGUGGAAGGUGCACCCGUUCCGCGGCAUGGUCAACGACAUUCGUCGCCGGGCGCCCUUUUACGCCAGCGACUGGGUCGACGCCUGGGACUAUCGUGUGGUGCCGGCCACGGUCUACAUGUAUUUUGCAAAUAUUUUACCCGCUCUGGCCUUCUCCCUCGACAUGUUCACGAAGACAGGGUCGACAUACGGAGUCAACGAAGUCCUCCUGGCUUCCGUUCUCGGCGCUGUAGUCUUUUCGCUGUUGGCUUGCCAGCCUCUGGUCAUUGUCGGUGUCACAGGCCCCAUCACCGUCUUCAACUACACCGUGUACGACAUCAUGAAGUCGACCGGCACCAACUACCUAGCAUUCAUGUGCUGGAUCGGCUUGUGGUCACUCGUAUUCCACUGGAUCCUAGCCAUCACCAACUCUUGCAACUGGCUACGCUACGUCACGCGCUUCCCCUGCGACAUAUUUGGCUUCUAUGUGGCCUGCAUCUACAUCCAAAAGGGCAUCCAGGUGCUUCAGAGGCUCGGCGACGCCGAGCCAUUCUACCUCUCCAUCGUCGCCGCCCUGCUCGUCUUCAUGGUCGCCUACAUCUGCGCGGGCGUCGGCGGGAGCAGCCUGUUUCGCCACCACGUGCGCGUCUUCCUCAAGGAUUACGGAACCCCGCUCACCAUCAUCUUUUUCACUGGGUUUGUCCACAUUGGCAGGAUGAAACCCAUCCAUUUGGAGGUGCUUCCCACUGGCAUCGCCUUCAUGCCCACGGCGGACAGAAGCUGGCUUGUAGACUUCUGGAAAAUCCCUGUCGGAGACGUCUUCCUGGCCAUUCCGUUCGCCAUUCUGUUGACCAUUCUGUUCUGGUUCGACCACAACGUGUCUUCUCUCAUUGCACAGGGAACUGAGUUCCCUCUCAAAAAGCCAGCAGGGUUUCACUGGGACCUCUUUUUGCUCGGCCUCACCACGGGAGUGGCAGGCAUCCUCGGCCUGCCGUUCCCCAACGGCCUCAUCCCGCAAGCUCCAUUCCACACAGACUCCCUGACGGUCAGCAAAUCAGAACCCGUGACGGAUGAGAAGGGCGAGUUCAAGGGUAGCUACGUGACCAAGGCAUCUCACGUGGUCGAGCAGCGCGUGUCCAACCUGGCCCAGGGCCUCCUGACCCUUGGCACGAUGACGGGGCCCCUCCUCGUCGUCCUACACCUCAUUCCGCACGGCGUCUUGGCCGGUCUAUUCUUCGUCAUGGGCGUGCAGGCCCUCGAAGGAAACGGCAUCACCCUCAAGAUCCUCUUCCUCCUGCGAGACAAGAACCUGACUCCGCCGACCCACCCCCUGAAGCAGAUCCAUCGCCGCCGCGCCAUCUGGGAGUUUGUCGCCGUCGAGCUCGUCGGGUUCGGCGCCACCUUUGCCAUUACCCAGACCGUCGCCGCGGUCGGCUUCCCCGUCUUCAUUAUGCUCCUCAUCCCCAUCCGCGCCUGGCUGCUGCCGCGCUGGUUCUCGCCCGAGGAGCUGGGCGCGCUCGACGAGCCGACCGCGUCGUCUUUUACCAUGGAAGGCAUCGGCGGGGUUCACGGAGGCGGAGGUGGAGGCGGCCGUGGCGGCGACUCGAGCGACGACUCGGACGGGACGCGGGUGUCUGACUAUAACAAUGACGGAGGGGCACGUGCUGGUAGACAAGCACCGGGAAAUGAUGAUGGUAUCUUUGCGUCGGCGGAAGCGCCGGGGAGAAGUCGGGAAGACGUGGCGGAGCUUGGGCAGUCUGAGAGUGUGCAGAGUGCGGGAGAGACGACGAGGAGAGGAGGGCACGCUGCCACGGCUGAUUAA